AUGCCUCUCUCCCCUCCCGUUCAGUGGGCACAGCGCAAGGACAGGUUGUACCUCACCUUUGACCUGCAAGACUGCAAGGACCCCACCAUCGAGGUGAAGAACGACGAGGCCUCCCAGAGUGGCCGCGUCAGUUUCAAGGGAAACGCUCAUUCCCAUGCCACAGGACCUGAUGAGCACACAUACUCCAUGGACCUGGAGCUGUAUGGCGAGAUCGACGACAGCGAUGUCAAGCAGGUGAAGACUGACCGGACAGUGGUCCUGAUCCUGGCGAAGAAGGAGGAGGGGCCCCACUGGCCCCGGCUCCUCAAGGCUGCGGGGCGCGCGCCCUCCAACGUCAAGGUGGACUGGAACCGGUGGGUGGAUGAGGACGAGGAGGGCACGGGCGGCCUGGAGGAGGAUGGCUUUGACCUCUCCGCCCUCCAGAACCUGGGUGGUGGCGGCGCCGGCGCCGGCGGCAUGCCCGACUUCUCCUCCCUCCUCGGGGGCGCGGGGGGGCCGGGCCUGGAGGGCCUGAGGGCGGGCGAGUUUGGCGAGGAGGACGACGAGAGCUCCGAGGACGGCGACCUGCCGCCGCUGGAGGGUGACAAGCCCGCUGCUGCCUAG